UUUUGUGCAGAAAAGAGUGCAAAGGAGAGGUGUUAGAUUCCGACUAACUGAAUUAAAAACCUGUUUAUGAUGUAAAUGUACAGGAACACAAUGACAUUUACACUGUGAAGAGGACAAUAUAAGGAAAGACAAUGAAUCUGAAAAUCAAGAUGGAGAUCAACCUGUGUAUUACAGUCUUCGUGAUGUUCUGUUCUCUGGAUGAUGUAUUUACUGAACAUCUUGACUGCAAAGCAAGAGCAAUGUACAUCCAGCAUGUGGUUCCACACAGCCAAGUAUCCAUCGCCUGCCCCAACUUGACCGGGUAUGAUCUCAGGUUCCAUCUACUGGGUUCCGUGCACGAGAACAGCGUUACAAUUCACACCACUGAGCUCAAUGAGACUAAGGAGCAGAACCGAAACCACACCGGAACCAAUCGUCAAGAAACCUUUGUCCAGUUCGGGCAGGUUGAACCGGCCCUGAACCAGAACCUGUCCAACCGCUACGUGUUCACGGUCAAUGGAACAGGCCUGUACAGCUGCAAGGCAGAGAAACUGUGGCCUCCACCAUAUAAAGAGGACAGUGUUGAGACUCUGCUGAUUGAAGAUGAGCAGUGUUCGGGGCACCAAGACCCACUGGCCAAACAGAAUUGUGCAGAUGACCCCAGACGCCUCCUCCUGUGGCUACUGGUGGCAUGUGGGCUCCUGACUGUAUACAGCAUCAUAGCCACCACCAUCAUCUGGGUGGGUCCUGAACUAUGAGAGGAAACUGAAGAAGGAAACGUCUGUCCAGAGCGUUUAUAUGAAUGUGACACCUGCCGAGAGGAGAGGACAGAAUAGAAUUCAGCAACCGGCCAUUGGGAGAUUCUGACCAACAUCAAUCAGUCAAUCUAUGAAGUCCCACCAAUCAACCAAUAUUUGUUUUUAUUAUUAAACAAUCAAAUAAAACUGAGAUUGAUUUA